CUGAUGUAUUGUAUACAACGUAGUUGUUGAACGAACGGAUAGAAUCCGCCAAAAGCACUGAUGAUUUGAAAGAAAUGAUGCAAACCUGUGAUGACUACCAACUUUUAGAGCUAAAGAAGCUGCUAUGCAAGGUUAUGGCAGAAAAGUAUGAAGAAGAAGGCAACACGCAAGAGGCGACUAUCAGUUAUGCCACAGCUGGUGAUGUUGCUUCUUUGGACAAACUGGCGGAUAAGGCACUACAACGAUAUCUGGAAAGUGGUGUUCUGGAACAAGUUGUUACGGAAACAAAUGAGAUUCGGGCUACUAUAGAAAAGAGCACACACUACAAGUUUCUUUUCCAAUACCAACGGUUACGCAAUCUUCUCGAGGUAGUGUCACAAAAGUGCUUCAUCAAAGAAGAAACAGCAUGGAAACUGACGUCUAUUAUUUGUUUAUGGCCAAUCUCGGAACCUAGAAAAACCAGCAUGACGAGGCUGCAAAUCUUAUCAAGCAGAUGUUGACGUCCAUCGAUGCCCCUGCAGAAUUCCAGGUCAUUUUGCUGAUUGACAGUAUGUCCAUAUUAGAAGAAACGACCAACGACCGUGUUAUUUUCAGUGAAAGCGAGACAUUAGAUUUGAUGCGACGGCUGCAACGAACGCGCAACAGCCUGCAUGCAAACGUAUUCACGCAAUGCUAUAACCGU